ACGUGGGAGGGGGCCGGAUGGAGGACCUAGUUGGUAGGUGGAGUCAUCGGGGGAUGUGACAGAAAGGGAGGAGCGGAGGUCAAGGCCUUUGACGCGAGAAGACUAGAGACGGCGUUGGGAAAAGGAGGCUUGGGAGAAGUUGGGGGUCCCUGGUAUGACUGGAGGAAGCGGCCUUACGGACGUUGGGCGGGGGGUGCUGAGAAGACACCGAGUUCAGCAGGCUGGGGGCCUGCGAGGAUGGCAUAACCCCAUCCCACCCUCACCCCGCAGUCCCUUUCAACACUCUGUAGCCCCAAGAGAGCCAGAUGCGUCCUCUCCAGAUUAUUCCCGGAAGACUGAUUUCUCAGCUGUAUUGCCGACUGCAGGCACCAGCCAAAUUCUGCCCACCCAUGGCUCGUCCAAGUUCAAAUAUGGCAGAUUUCCGGAAGAUUUUUGCAAAAGCAAAGCAUAUAGUCAUCCUGACAGGGGCGGGUGUUAGUGCGGAGAGUGGAGUCCCGACCUUCAGAGGACCCGGAGGCUACUGGCGAAAAUGGCAAGCUCAGGACCUGGCUACUCCUCAGGCCUUUGCCCGAAACCCAUCCCGGGUGUGGGAGUUCUACCACUACCGGCGGGAGGUCAUGCAGAGCAAGGACCCGAACCCAGGGCACCUGGCCAUCGCCCAGUGUGAGGCCCGUCUGCACGGGCAGGGCCGGAGGGUGCUGGUCAUCACCCAGAACAUCGACGAGCUGCACCGCAAGGCCGGCACCAAGAACCUUCUGGAAAUCCAUGGUAGUUUGUUUAAAACUCAGUGCACCUCUUGUGGAAACGUGGCCGAGAAUUACAAGAGUCCAAUUUGCCCAGCUUUAUCGGGAAAAGGUGCAGCGGAACCUGAAACCGAAGAUGCCAGCAUCCCAGUGGAAAAGCUGCCCCGAUGUGAAGAGGCAGGGUGCCGGGGCCUGCUGCGGCCCCACGUGGUGUGGUUCGGAGAAAACCUGGAUCCGGCUAUACUGGAUCAGGUGGAACGAGAGCUCGCCCACUGUGACUUAUGCCUCGUGGUGGGCACUUCCUCCGUGGUUUAUCCCGCCGCCAUGUUUGCCCCUCAAGUGUCUGCCAGGGGAGUGCCUGUGGCCGAAUUUAACAUGGAAACCACCCCCGCCACAGACAGAUUCAGGUUUCACUUCCAUGGACCCUGCGGAACUACGCUUCCUGAAGCCCUUGCCCCCCAUGAAGCGGAAACACUUUCUUAAUCGCCUGGGAGGGAAGAGCAGACCGUGCAUCUACCCGCUGGGCCACAAAUGGAGGAGAAGCCAUCCUGUGACUGGUGAAAGUGGUAGAAGAUCGCACAAUACCCUGUGAUCCCCCGCUGGAACCCGACCUGUGGACAAGGGAUAGAGGCUGAGAACCAACAACAGCAAAAAGGCUUAGGAGUCAGAGAUGGGCAAAGUUAGUGCGUGUUCUGUUUGCUUUGAACUCAAAUAAGGGAGACUCUGAAGCUGGGUUGGUUACUGGGGGUGAGGAGAAUGUAAUUAGAUUGUCUUUUAAAAAACACUUAAUCUGGAUGAUAUAUUUGCCCUUUGGGGUGUGUGCUAUUUGGACAAAGAAAGAAGUAGAUAUAGAAGGUAAAUAUUGCUAGUCUUCAAUCUGAUUUUUGCACAAGGUUUGGUGGAAAAUUAAAAACCAUUCGAUGCAGUUUGUAA